AUGAUAUCGUCUUCAGAGAGAAUCUUCAAAGAUGUCGUCGAGAGGACGCGUCUAGGGCAGGACAAGGAACUAGUACAUCUACUUAAGCAAAACCAGAAUGCCAAAUCUCCAUUGCACGAGGAAGUGGAGAAGCUCAUCCGUGAUCUCAACCUUAUGGAAUAUAAAGUGGCCCAACAGGUUGGCCAGGAAGUAGCGGAUAACGAUGGGGAAACUGAAGCUACUUCCAAAGAACAGAGACCUCCUGCUAUACAAGCAGACGAAAGAACGCAAAGGAGACUUUCAUAUGAGAUAAAGAACCUAACUCAGGGUGAACCGUCUAAUAGGGGCACACCCAGCACGCCUGCCAUUGCUGCUGUCAGUAACUUUAGAGUGAACUCAAGAGUGACCAACCUCGAAAAUCAUGACUAUACGCCAGUUCCUUAUGAAAGACCACGGAAGGGGUCGAUCAAACAGACACUCAGGAAGUACAAGGCGAGACUUCAGAACUCAGAACUAAAUGAAGUUCAGCAAAGGACAGCAAGUUCUCAGACCGUGAUGGCAGCCCGAAGGUCGUCCUUGGUGGGGGAGGUGUUGCCCGACUACAUUCGUAAACAGCUUACAAUCGACAACCAACAAUCGGAAACACCCGAACACGAACACGAACAAAACAAAACAACUGAAGCUCCAGAGAACCAAAGCACCUCUGAUACCUCGCUCCGAAGGAGCAGAUCAACUAAACUGAAAAAUACGCUGUCGCCUUCUGGAGAAGAUCAACAGAAUCGAAGCGAGAAUCUACAAUCUCUGUCGAUACGACGCAGCUUAGAAAACAGCCAAUCCAACAGGUUCAAUAACGUUUUGAUGAACUCACUGUCGCUAUACGUUAGAAAGGGAGACAACAGCAGCAACGUUUCCCAAGAUGGUCUCGAUUCAGGCUUAUCCGAGGCGGAUAAAGAAUACAUUCUGCCUAGUCUGUUUACGAGGUCUAUUGAAGAUAUAAACGAUCACGAUGUACUAUUAUACAAUCGUACCGACGAGGACGACGGAGAUGAUGACGAUGACGAGGAUGAGGAUAAUGAUGACGAAGAUGACGGAGAUUAUCUUUUCAAAAAUUAA